AUGUUCCUAUGCCGCUCGCGGUCUUUCCAACUCUUUAAUGGGCUCCGUCGACCACUAAGGCGCGUCUAUCAUCGCCUAUUGACUGAACAAAGCCCAGAGAUAUUAUCCUUAAAGCCUAUUACGCCAAACGAUGCAUUCGUUAGUUGUACCGUCUUCAACAACCAAGGCGGAGUGUCUGCAGUAUCGAGAAAAUUUCCGAAAUGGGCCUUUUUGAAGGACCACAGUUUGUACCCGCGAGACCUGCGUAAAAUAGAUGCUACAGCAGUUGACGUGAUUCCUAGUAUAGUAGUAAAACCUACCUGCAUACUGAUAAAUUUAUUGCAUAUCAAAGCCAUGAUUCAAAAAGAUUCUGUGUUUGUGUUUGACACCUCCAACUCAGAAGCAGCCAUGAAGUUAGGAGUGCUCAUGUAUGAUUUGGAAUCCAAACUUUCAUCAGCUAGUGGCAGCCAUAUGGCACAACUUUAUGAGCACCGUGCUUUGGAAAGUAUUUUAAUGAAUGUCAUGACAUCCCUCGAAACUGAAUAUAAACUGCAUUAUUCCAUAUGUGGAAUUAUUUUGAAUGACCUCGAAGAUGAAAUUAACAGAGAUAAGUUGCGAGAUUUGUUGAUCAAAUCCAAAAACUUGUCCUCAUUUUACAAAAAAUCUUUAUUGAUACGAGAUGUGCUAGACGAGCUACUGGAUAGCGACGAAGAUCUUGCUGGGAUGUACUUGGGAGUGCAUAAAAGCGAAAAUGACGAUUUUGCUGAUCUCGAAAUGCUUCUGGAAACCUACUAUAAACAAUGUGACGAAUACGUGCAGCAGUCAGAGACUCUCAUACAAGACAUCAAGUCUACUGAGGAAAUUGUGAACAUUAUAUUAGACGCGAACCGAAAUGCAUUGAUGCUUUUUGAACUUAAAGUAACUAUUCACACUUUAGGAUUCACAAUUGCUACUUUAGUACCAGCCUUUUAUGGUAUGAACCUAAAAAAUUUCAUUGAAGACAGUCCAUGGGGAUUUGGGAGUGUGCUUGGUUUCUCGAUCGUAGCUGCUCUGGGGGUUACGUGGGCCAAUUUUAGAGCUCUGCGGUCGGUCAAAAAAUUAACAAUGAUGAACAAUCACACUGGUGUAAACUCCGCGAAACAUGUUGCCAACGCUAAAAGCGCCGUGGAAACAGAGGUACCUACGCUGCCCCGACGCUGGAGUCAUGCAAUGCGUGUCAUGUGGCGCGGAAAUAGCUAUAGAAUGCAGAAUGGAAAAGAAAGAGACAUGAUUUGGAAGUGGCUUGUUGACGACAAAAAGUGA